AUGAGUACCUCACAGGACCAGAGUGGCUGCUCCACUAAUAGAGAACCCCUUUUGAGGUGUUGUGAUGCACGGAGGGACUUGGAGCUUGCUAUUGGUGGAGUUCUCCGGGCUGAGCAGCAAAUUAAAGAUAACUUGCGAGAGGUCAAAGCCCAGAUUCACAGCUGCAUAAGUCGCCACCUGGAAUGCCUUCGAAGCCGUGAGGUGUGGCUGUAUGAACAGGUAGAUCUCAUCUAUCAGCUUAAAGAGGAGACACUUCAGCAGCAGGCCCAACAGCUCUACUGGUUACUGGGCCAGUUCAAUUGUCUUAUUCAUCAGCUGGAGUGCACCCAAAACAAAGACUUAGCCAAUCAAGUCUCAGCUUGCCUGGAGAGACUGGGCAAUCUGACCCUCAAACCUGAAGAUUCAACUACUUUACUCUUUGAAGCUGACAUAACUGCCCUGCGCCAGGCAAUCACCACAUUUGGGUCUCUCAAGACCAUUCAAAUUCCUGAGCACCUGAUGGCUCAUGGUAGUUCAUCAAAUAUUGGGUCCUUCUUAGAGAAGAGAGGCUAUAUCCCAUUGCCAGAGCAGAAGUCAGCAUCCAGCACCACAGCUGUCCCUCUCAGUGAAUGGCUCCUUGGAAGUAAACCUGCCGUUGGUCACCAGGCUCCUUACCUACCCAGCACCAAUCUCCAGGACUGGCUCAACCAAAAGCAGACCUUGGAGAAUAGUCAGAUGUCUGCUAGAGCCUGCAGUUUCUUGAAUAAAGUCUGGGGCAACCUAAAGGGUUUGGAAAACUGGCUCCAAAACAGUCAGCAACAAGAAGUUUCUGAAAAACCAAGUUACCAAAAGUCUAACAGCUAUUCUACUACUAGUUCUUACUCCAUUGAAAUCGAAAAGGUUGGAGAUCUAGAGCCUCUUGAUCAAGAUGAGAUGGAUCUCUCUGACUGGCUGGUAACUCCCCAGGAAUCCCAUAAGCUUGAGAAGCCUGAGAAUGGCGGCUGUGAAACCUCCAGUGAGAAGUUUAAGCUCUUGUUCCAGGUGUUCCAGGAGUCCUACAAUGUGAAUGAUUGGCUUGUCAAGUCUGAUUCCUGUACCAAUUGUCAGGGUAACCAGCCCAAAGGUGUGGAGAUUGAGAACCUGGGCAAUCUGAAAUGCCUGAACGACCACUUGGAGGCCAAGAAACCCUUGUCUGCUCCCAGCCCGACUGCUGAGGAUUGGCUUGUCCAGAACCAUCAAGACCCAUAUAAAGUAGAGGAGGUCUGCAGAGCCAAUGAGCCCUGUACAAGUUUUGCAGAGUGUGUAUGUGAUGAAAAUUGUGAGAAGGAAGCUCUGUGUAAAUGGCUUCUGAAGAAAGAAGGAAAGGAUAAAAAUGGUAUGCCUGUGGAACCAAAACUUGAACCUGAGAAACAUAAAGAUUCGCUGAACAUGUGGCUCUCUCCAUCCAGAAGAGAGGCAGCAGAACAAGCUAAGGCACCAAAGGCAGUGGUUUCUUCUAGAAUUGCUGAUUCCUUCCAAGUCAUCAGGAACAGUCCCUUGUCAGAGUGGCUCAUGACCCCCUCACACAAAGAAGGAUGUCCCAACAAGGAAGUGCCUCUUAUAGAGGACUGGGGUGGCAAACAAAAGCUUACAAGCCCCUUGGCCACUGCCUGGUGUCCCUUUAACACAGCUGACUGGGUCUUGCCGGGAAAGAAGACAGGAAAUCUUAGCCAGUUAUCCUCAGGAGAGGACAAGUGGCUACUUCGAAAGAAGGCCAAGGAAGUAUUACUUAAUUCGCCCCUACAGGAGGAACACAACUUUCCCCCAGACCGUUACGGCCUCCCAGCAGUUUGUGAUCUCUUUGCCUGUAUGCAGCUUAAAGUUGAUAAAGAAAAGUGGUUGUAUCGAACUCCUCUACAGAUGUGA